UCCCUGCUCUAAAGAUGAGGAAGAGCCACGGAUAGAACCAGUGAGUCUGCUCUGCCCCAAGUACAGACCUCGGAGAGAUGGCUCAGACUUUAUCAGCCAUUGCCCCAUGUAUUUGCCUCCUAGUCUAUCUUGUCACCAUCCAGGGAGUCUUCAAAGUGGAAUCUGCAGAAUUGUUUCCUCCCAGAGAAGCACGAAGAGUCAAUGAGAAAGAGAUGUUGGUGGAGCUUCAGGAUGUUCUGGAGAAACUUCAGUCUAAAAGGGUCUUGUCCUGGGAGUCAAAACUCAAUCAAGUUGCCAAGUGCACCCUGGGAGACGUGUGCGCAGUAAAGAGGGGGGCCCGGGUUGGAAAGCUCUGCGACUGCCCCAGGAGGAGCAACUGUAACUAUUACUUCCUAAAAUGCCUGUGACUUCCCCAGUUACCCCUCCACUACCUGUGCCUGGCAGGACAUUCACCUGAGUAUAAAGAAGUAAUAUAAAUCAAGGAGUAAUAUAAAUCAAGGAGUAAUAUAAAUCAAGGAGUAAUAUAAAUCAAGGAGUAAUAUAAAUCAAGGAGUAAUAUAAAGGACGUGCUACAGUGUGGGACAGAUACUCACAGCUGAACCCCACAAAGUGGACAUGAGGGUGUUGCUCCUCUGAAUGAACCCUGAAGAAUCCAACACUCGGCCCUGCAGAUUAUUUCAGCUUCAUACAAGGGCCCCUCUGACUCAUCCCCAAUGGAUUAGCCCAACGUGAGGUCACUGGCGACUAUUUUGAGUUUGGAGGAGAUUUGCAUCUUGUUGUCUUUCUGAAUCCUCCGGCACAGACUCAUCCGCACCUCUCCCUCCCCAUAGGGCCGACUAUGAACUGAUCUACGCGCUGAGAUUAGUGGAGAUUGUACAGGGCAACCAGCAGUGCAGCUCUACUACUGAUAAUCAAUGUUAUCUACUACUACUCUACUACUGAUAAUGAAUGUCUUUAGCUUUGCUAAUAAAACCUGCCAUUUACUUUU